AUGGCGGCGGCGAGGCGCGAUGGGCCCGGGCCGGCGGCGGCGGCCAAAGCGGGCGCGGCGCCCCGCGGGCCCGGCCGAAAGCGGCGGUGGAGGCCUGUCCUGCUGAGCAGCGUUGUCGGCAGCGUACAGGAGGGACGAGGAUUUGCAUUUCGGAGGAAGCAAAAGAUUGAACGGCAGUACAGGAAAUUGCUGAAAAAGAGAAGGCAGGUGCAUUCCCAGCAGGAUGAUCAGUUUGCAGAUACCUACCCAGAGCACUUGAAGCAUCUUUACCUUGCAGAGGAAGAAAGGCUUAAGAGGCGGCGCAGGACUCCAGAGGAUUCGGUGUCAUCAGAAGAAAAGCUUAAUAAAGCAGCAGAGUCAGUUGGGACUCAAGAGAAGUUUAAAAAUAAAACAUCGAAUCAGAAGGCAAAAGAAGAAUACAAGAAGAUAAAGGCUGAGCAUGCUAGAAAGAAAGAGGAAGCAGAAAAAAGAAAACAACAAAGAGAAGAAGCUCAACGGUUGUACAAGAAAAAGAAAAUGGAAGCUUUUAAAAUACUGAGUAAGAAGACAAAAAAAGGACAGCCAAAUCUAAAUUUACAAGUAGAAUUUCUUCUUCAGAAAAUACAGCAAAAUACAUAACCCCUCAUAUAUUUAAGUUAGCUGUGGACAUUUUAUUAUUAUUAUAUUUAAUAAAUAAUGUCUUUUUGCUUCCAUAUUACUUUCGUUAUUGCCUUUAUUUAUCUCAUCAGUCCAGUAAUGACAUAUUCAUCCUGAAAAUAUGUAUUCUAUGCUGAGAGUGAAAGGGAUUUGGUACCUUGAAAAUAAAUGGUCUGUAUUUCUAAACUUAAAUUUUAUUAGCUGUGUGACAUCUUGAAUUCAAAAUAAUAGGCUGUAGUACCAUCUGACCAUGAAUCAAAUACUUCCUGCAAUUGUGACUACUAAAAUUGCACUCACUUGGGAGGAUUAAAAUGAUGUAUGUGACAUGUUUGAUAUCUCAAGAACAGCCAGUUUUAGGAGCAUGUUUUGUGUGCUCCUGGAUAGGUUGGGCAUAUGAAAACAAAGUACAUCUACUAUACUUGGAUGGCUAGUUUUAUUUCUCUCUCUCCACAAAGAAUAAAACUUGCUGAAGGUUAAGAAGUGGUUUAGAUAUAAAAAUCUUGGUAAAAUAAUUGUUUUCCCAUUCGUAAAGCUGCUUUGUAACUUGUAACAUGUGAAUUGCUCUACCUUUUGUGUACAGCUUUGUCAUGAAAUUUGUUUUCUUCUAUGUAGCUUUUAAUUAAUAGCAAUUUGGAUUAAUAUUAUCAAGACUGGAUUUAUGUAUUUUCCUGAAAAGAGA